AUGACCAUGGAGACGCAUUAUUUGUUUCAAAAUUGCAACGCCUCAAACGAUAGGAAUCGUGGUGGUGGGUUACCGUUCUGGAGAGUUUUCAUGGAUUGUAAAAAAGAUAAGCUAACAACAGCUAAUGGCAUCAACAACGAAUCACAAUGUGCAAAUCCCAUUAAUGAUUUCAAAGAUGUUGAACAAAUAUCUGAAUGCACAUCUGAAACAUCAUUUGAAAACAAUGCUCAAGCAGAAAAUGGCACGACAAGAAAACGACAUCCUAUCGGCAGCUUUAAUUUGGGUGCUGUCUUUGCUGAGGCUGAAGCAUCAGACAAUUUAUUAGAGCGGAAGCAAUUUAAUUUAAAAUUAGUGAAGGAAUUUCGGAUCGAAGAUGGUACUACUGGUUUUGGUUAUGAUACAAUUUUCGGUGAUGGCAUCGAUGAACGGUUGAGAUCGGUUAUCGUCGAUGAACCAUAUUUGCGAAAUAAAUCACAGAUUACAAACUUGGUUGCAUUCUGCGAGUUGUUGGUGUCGGGAGCACCGAAUCUUCGUGAAAUUGUGCUUUGUACGCAGGCGGAACAGACUGCAUUGCAUGAGCUGUGGCUGCAGUUAAAACAGCUGAGGAUCGAUCUUAUGUUACGAGAUGUAGUUUUGAAAGUGAAGUGCAGCGGAACCAUGCAUGAUCGGGAAAUUCGAUUUGACAAUGGUUGGACCUAUCGGAUUGGUCGUGGUUUAGAUUAUUUUCAAAAGCAGCAGCCAUUAACUCUAGGAAUAACCAAUUUCAAUUUAAGGAAAUGUCAGGAGACAAAUGUAUGUAUAUUAAGAGAAAUGCGACGUAAGGAUGCUAUGUAAAUUGAUUAAUUUAAUAGGGACUAAUAAUUUAUAUGAUUUGUUGUGAUUCUGCUAUAAACUGGAUUGUGGAAAGUAGGA